GGGUGAACGCCUUGGCUGAAAUCUGAAAAAAGAACUUCAAAAUACAAUUUUACCGACGGCUUUUGCAUUAUAUGCAACUCAGCAACUGCCAAGUCGCGACUUCCCGAUAAUUGAGUAAGCGUUGUGGCGCUCGCUUGCGCCACUUGCCGCCAACACGCGUGUAUGGGUGACGUCACACGCCCCCCCACCCUACUGAUCAACAUCUUGAUGGUAUCCGGGCAAAACAAGCCUAACACUCUCAAGCUGAACAGCGUGGCCCGGGAGUCCAGCAGAUACUCCGCGCGAGACCCCAGGUUAAGACCUUAAGCAACCAGAAACCCAACCAACACUGCCAGUAUUAGAAGCCUAAGGUAUUAUUUUUAAAAUAUGGAGCAAGAAUUCGAACAAAACGUCCGACUAAGAAACAAUAGAACGCCCAAAAAUAAAGAACUCGACAACGCUGUAAGGGAGUCGCUCCUUUCUGACUCCACUUCUGGUAUCGUCAAAGGCGAAGAUGAUGACGUCACUAGCAUCGAGUCGUCCUCCUUCUCAAGUAUUGAUAUGGGGGAUAAAAGAGAAAGAGCUCUAACUGUGGUUUCGAAGGACGAUCUCCAGCGCAAAAACAGCGCUAAAGAUAAAACCGAUCAAUCGAAAGAAAACCAUGUCACCAUUACGGAGAAUCCAGGCGAAGAAAAAAUAAACCUAAUUGAAGCUAAAGAUGUAAAUGGCACUGUAAAAGAAGACGACGAUGAUGAUGAUGAUGAAAAAGUAUCAAUCCCAGACGGAGGUUGGGGAUGGGUUGUUGUUUUGUCGUCAUUCAUCAUAUCCAUGAUUGCCGACGGCAUAAGUUUUUCUUUUGGACUGCUGUAUAUCGAAUUCCUGGACGAAUUUCAGGCCAGCAAGUCUACUACUGCUUGGAUUGGCAGCUUGUUUAUUGCUGUACCACUACUGUCCGGCCCAGUGAUGAGUGCAUUGGUGGAUAGAUAUGGAUGUCGAAGCAUGACUAUUUUAGGAGGAAUAAUUUCAACUAUUGGAUUUGUGCUUGCAUCGAUCUCAACUACUUUGGAAAUGAUGAUGAUUACUUUUGGAGUUAUCGCUGGGUUGGGACUUGGUUUAGUCUACGUUACCGCUGUGGUGUCGAUUGCGUAUUGGUUCGAGAAGAAAAGAAAUUUAGCUGUAGGCUUAGGGGCCUGCGGAACUGGUGUUGGAACAUUUGUCUACGCUCCUAUGACUCAAUAUUUCAUCGAAGAAUACGGAUGGAGAGGAGCCAUACUGUUGCUAUCUGGGACGCUGUUGAACCUGUGCGUGUGUGGAUGCGUGAUGAGAGACCCCGAGUGGUGGACAUUGGAACAAAAGAAAAGUAGAGACGAGGAAAAGUCAAAGAAGGAUGAGGAGAAGUCCAAAAAAUCGAGUACAUUAUCAAUAAAUGCGUAUGCGUUUGAUUUCGAUGCUCCUACAAAGGGGAAGAGUAUGAAAGGUUUGAUAGAGAGAGGGCUCCCAGCAGAAAAGGUUAUAAGAACUGAGGCUGCUAGCAUCAAGCGUCAUCAAUUCCUAUUGUCAUCCACUAAUAAGGAAUCGACAAAGUCUAGAUGCGAAUCCAUGGUUGACAUUCCUACCUAUCUCACUUUUAACGAUAAAAUAUCAAUGAGAAUGCUGGAUAAACUAGUCAAGAACACCAGUAAAGAUUACAACAUGGAGGUCCGGUACCCAUCCUUUGCCAUCAAUCGGACCAGAUUUAAGAGCACCCCUACAUCCCCAGAGAUGAGUCCUCAAGAAGACAACAGUCCUCCAGCAGUUGCCUAUGUAAAGCAGACAUUACAUCGCACACAUUCUGACAAAUAUGAUUUCAAGAAGGAAAAGUCUUUUGAAGAGUAUCAGCUGAAGAAUCCUAGACAAGCUGUGAUCAGACAGUCGAAGUCAGAAGACAGCAAGGAGCUGAUCAAACAGGACAGUAAGGAAAACCGAAGAGAUUGGCUUAAGAAGCAACUGUCAGUGAAUCACCACUAUUUGAAAGAUCUAAAAAUGCCAAUUAAUUCCAUAAGCCACAGAAAUGCAAUGCUGAAUAUAAACCGGUAUAGGUUGAAAGCGUCAUCUUGUCCAGAUAUAUUUAAGAACUCGAUGAUCACCAUCAAGGAAGAUGAAGAGAAAUGGUAUGACGACUGCGUGAGCUGUCUCUCGGACAUGUUUAACGUGGAGCUGUUCAAGAAGCCGACCUUCAACCUGCUGUGCCUCGGCACCAUCAUUCUGUUCAUCUGGUUCAUCGUCCCCUACUUCUACCUGGCUGAACACAUGAUCCAUAAGGGUUACAAUGAAGACGACGGAGCUCUUGUUUUGAGCUUGAUUGGGAUCACUAACACUAUUGGGAUGGUGGGCCUCGGCUGGAUCGGCGACUUCCCUUCGGUGUCCAUCGGCAACCUGUACGCUGUGUGCCUGGUGCUCUGUGGAGCGUCAGUUGCCUCCAUCCCCUUCGCCGUCUACAACUACUGGCUCCUCUUGGCUGUUGCUGCUGCUUUCGGUCUUCUGUUCGCCGCGUCGUUCACCUUCACUCCAAGUCUGUUGGUGAAGCUGGUGUCCUUGGACGACUUUACUGCUGCUUAUGGCUUGGUGCUGCUGGCUCAGGGGAUCGGUCAUCUCAUUGGUCCGCCUUUGUCUGGUCUAAUCUACGACGUGACGUUCUCGUGGGAGCUGUCAUUCUACUUGGCCGGCGGUUGGAUUGUCGUGGCCGGGCUACUCAUUGCAUUCAUCCAACCAGCUCUCAACUACUACGCCAGGAGGAGAGAGGACGCUGAUAACAGAAGCGAGUCUAGCUUGGCUUAGGUCUUAUAAGACUUAAGCACACCUCAGACACAUCAUACAAAACACCUUGUUUUAUACAGACACUACACAUUGGCGUUAUCGUACACGCGCAUCUGUGUGUGUGACGUCUGACGCCCUUACGAUUGACGACUAAAGUAAGUCCGAAGGGGCACGGGGGAAGGGGGGUUCAGGUAAACCUAACUCAGCCGCUGGUUGCUGUUCUAUACAUAAACUGCCUAUAUACGUCCCACUGCUGGGCACAGGCCUCCCCUCAAUCAACCGGAGGGGGUAUGGAGCAUACUCCACCACGCUGCUCCACUGCGGGUUGGUGGAGGUGUUUUUACGGCUAAUAGCCGGGACCAACGGCUUAACGUGCCCUCCGAAGCACGGAAUCAUCUUACUUUUUCGGACAAUCAGGUGAUUCAAGCCUGAAAAGUCCUUACCAAACAAAGGACAGUCUCACAAAGUGAUUUCGACAAUGUCCCCAUCGGGAAUCGAACCCGGACCUCCAGAUCGUGAGCCUAACGCUCUAACCACUAGACCACGGAGGCUGCUAUACGUAGUAUUAUUCCUUAUUUUAUGACCUAAGUCUCCUUCCUAAGACCUCAAUUUCAAUUCACCACUUGCUUAUCCGCUAAAGUAACGAAUGCCAUCUGAACAAGUCCCAAAAAAGGUUUUGUAUAUAACCAAAAUGAAAACCAAUGUUUCGGUAAAUCAGACAAGAUUUAUUGGUCAUUAAAUCUAAAAUAUAAUUUCCUUA